CACCGUUGUACGGGAAAGUUGAACUGUUUCGUAAGCGAAUGACGUUCAGGCUGAACCGUUUACAUGUGAAGGGUUCAGCCCGGGGGGCGAUGGAUUAUUGUGUGUUUGUUUUGCUCGGUAGAAUUUCUGUACAGGGAAAGCAUGGUACAUUAAAUCGUUUCAUUUUGUAAAAAAACGUAUACGUGCAAUAGUGUAGAAAGUGCAAAAGGUUCAAUUUUAGAACAUUGGUUGUUGCCACCAACGUCGUGAAAAUCUCCCAUCUUUGUGGAUUGAAAGCGAGUGUUGUGAUCUGUUGAUUGCAUAUUGUUGAGCAAUUGGACAGCGUCAAUUACCGUCUCCCGCAUGGCAUCGGCACCUUCCCCGGUUUCUUUCACUAUGGAUGUGCUUGAAUCGGUUCUGGUAAAACUGGAUGAAGGUGAUUACAAAUCGGCCAUCGAUAUCAUUGCCGACCCAGCAAACGAUACCACGAUAAAGCUCCAGUCGAUGGAAUUGGUUUCACUAAUUGCCAACAAUCUAACCGAUGCAAAUGCUGAAACUAAACCCGAGUUGUAUUCUGCCACGGAAACAAUCUUAAAUGGUAUUGCACAUAAGUGCAGCCCUCCGGAAGUGCUGUACGAAUUGAUGGAAAAAAUCCGCACCACUACGAGCGAUGAUGUGUUCACGAGCCUGCUGAAGUCAAUGCAGAUUUCUGUUCUACGCCUACCGGUAAAGCGGGCUCGUUGUCUGGAGUGGGUUUUCCAAACAAUCAUCGAAUAUCUGGACAAAAUUGCCUUGCCAGACGUGCUGAACAAAGAUAUGGAGGAAAGGGAAGAAGGUCUGCUGGAAUCUGAAGAAUCCAUCCGGCGAUUGUUGCAACUUUACAUCACGUUGCUACUGUUUCUGGAACCGAUCGUCAAACACCUGGAUCAACCGUCAAGCAAGGUUUUCUUCGACUCAAGUUUAACGCAGAAAAAUGCAUUGAUUUGUUUCUUGCUUCGCUUGAUGGGAAAACUGUUUCCCAUUCUUCAACUGCAAAGAAUCGAACAACCGAGAAAAACGUUACGCCCGUCUGCGAAAUUGUCAGCCGGCAAAAGCUAUUCCAUCCAAGUUGCGGAGGACAUGAUCCGAUCGUUCGUGCUGCUCGUAAAAGAUCCACUGUUUCUGUUACCGUAUGGAGAAAAGCGAAACAACCUGCAAAGCAAGCGGAAGAAAAUCGAUUCCGAAGAGAAAGCAAACAACGAUUGUUUUUUGUACCAUGAAACGUACACAACGGAGGGUUUUGCUAUGUUAUUCUAUCUUUUGCUUAGCGAAGAAUUACUACCGGACAGUGUGCCUCAGAUUUACGAUCGUCGCUACAUUUUUGAAAUGGGAUUGCGCUACGUUGUGAUUUUACUAAGCGGCGAACGUACGGUAGUGUACUUCAAGGGCAUUCGAUUAGCGCAAGCGUUGGUUAAAUUGGUACGGAACAUUAAACUUUCUUCGCAAGACUUGCGCGCACCGAUUCAUAGCACCUUCUGCGAGCGGUAUGUGCGAGCAUUGGAAAGAUCGGGCAGUGUGCGGAACCGCGAUGUUGGCAUAACCGUGCUAACAGAUUACAUUCACACUUUCGACGAUGAAGGACGGUACAUAAUUAUAUCGCAUAUGCUUAAAACGUUCGAUGAUGAUUCCGUACGAGCGUAUGCGAUCACCGUUUAUAAGGAUUUAAUAAGCGGUGAUAUGCGUGACAAAAUGAAGGAUGAACCACUGGUCCGAUGGUACAGUGGAGAAGUUCUGCAGGACAUGCUUACCAACCACAUAUGUGUGCUGAGAAAAGGCGUAAAGACAGAUCUGAUAGACAAUAGUUAUAGCAUUACGAGUGCACUGUCGGCGCUGUGGGUACUGCUAAAGACUGAUCAAUGCAACAGGAGCCACAUUUGGAACUAUUUCGGUACGCUUGAGGCACAGUUCCUGCUAGAGCUUAGAAAGGCAAUUGAUUUGACCCGUGCGCAUUAUAAAAAUGAAAUGAAAGCCACUGCGGAAGACAAUAAUUCACAGAUGGGUGAGGAACAUUCGGCCGAGAUAACGAUUAGCACGCUUAAUGGAGAGUUGCCACCGGUUUUGUCAAAGGAGAAAAAGGUAGAACUGUGUCAGGGAAUGUUAUUGCGGUUGGAUAUGUUGGAUUUUCAGCUGGCAAGAGUAAACGGAGCUAUUGAACAAAUGAGACGUAGUAAUGAUAAAAGCGUUUCCAAACUGCCCAUGCAUGUUGAAUAAAUUGAAUUACAAAAUACUUUAAAGAU